UGUACAUGCAUGAUUGUUUAUAAAUGGCUGACAAGGUGCGCAUGGAUGAGUGACUGUACAGUUGAUCAACUGAUAUUUCGUGAAUUCUUGCCAAAAAUGCGGGAGGAUACGACAGAUAAGUUCUUAUCUAAAUAAUAACACACAGUUGGGCUGUGUGUUGGAAAAUGGCCUCCCCAGACACGCCAACACGGCUUUUGGAAAGUCCGUCUGUAUUACAUGUAGAGAUUGACAAGCGUCUGGAGGAGGAUGGAUUGAACCCACAAUGUACAGAUGAGGAGAAGUUGUUUUAUAUAUGGAGGCUCUAUCAAAAUGCUGAGAAUGACUUGUUGUCGGCAACGGAGAAGCAAGAGCAGCUUAAACGUUCACAGGCGGAGGAGAUGCAGGAAGUGGAGAAUUACGUCGAGCAUAUACGACACCUGUCAGACGAACGCGAAGCACUAAUUCAAGAACUUGAAACAGAGAAUGAUCAGCUGAAACAAGAGAUUGAAAGAUUUCGCCAAGAACAAAAUGCGUCGGCCCUCCGUGAUGAGACGGCUGAGAUGCUGAUACAGCAGGGUCUGGAGGAAAUAGCACAAGCCCCAACCAGUGAACAAAUUGCAUUUCUACUUGUCGAGCGAGCAAGGCUCCUUGACGAGCUCGAAGCCGAGCAAGGUCGCAGCGUCUCGGCGUUAUCUGACGGCAGGAUAUCUGAAGAUCUUCAGCGAACCAUAGAUCGCGAGAGAGAAGAGUUACAAGAAGAAAUUGAUCAGGCUCGCGAGGCGACAAAGUCGGAAAUCGAGCAAAUUAAGCGUGAGCACGAGGAGGAAAUUAACGUCGUGAUGGACGAGAAUCAGAGAUUAGAGGAUGAGUUGGCAUCAUCGAAGAAACAGAUUGAAGAGCUGGAAACAAAGAUGAAAGAAUUAGAAGAAGAAAGGAAAAAGGAGAAAGAACAGUUUGAGAAAGAAAAAGAAGGUUUCGUAAGCCCAGCAGACGAUGUAGAAGGGGAUGCAUUAUCUCCCUUGAUGAAAGGUCUGGUCUCCCCAAGAUAUCCAAGAGCGUCACCACGGCAACGACCUCCAAGUCCUGCAAGAUCACCAAAUGAUGUCGCUCUACGUUCAAUUAUUGCCGAGAAAACCAAACUUGAAGGUGAAAUUCUCGGUUUCAAGUCAAAAAUAAAAACAUUAGAAAGUGAAAUAGCUACAUUGAAGGAAAAGGUGGUUACCAUGGAGAAAGAUACUGAGGAGUCCCAGCUGAAGAUGUCACAGUUACAGAUGAAGAACAAGAGUUUAAAGGCAGAGUUAGAGGAGACAGAACAACAACUUGAUGAGACAGAGUCACAAAUGGAGGAUCUUCGAAAAGAAAAGAACGAAUUACAAAACACGCUAGACACCAUGACUUCUGAGUUCAGUACAUUAAAAACCGAAAGUGCCAAAGUUAAUCAAGAAAGUGUAGAGAAACUGACAUUUGAAAAUAAAGAACUAUCAGCACAGGUGGAGUCUCUAAAAUAUGAAAUGGACAAAGUUGUUGCAGAGAAGGAUGAAGUAGCCAAUCAAAAACUGGAAUUAAGUAAGACUGAAAUAAAGUUGACCAAUGAAAUUCAGGAAUUGAAAAGUGAAUUGAAUUUGAUAAAGACUGCAAAGGAUGAGUAUGUAGAUCAGAAAAAUGAAUUAUUGGAAACUCGGACAUUGCUAGAUACAAAGUCUACGGAGUUUGAGAAACUAUUUAAUAACAGUGAAAAACUGGAUAAAGAAAAUAAAGAACUGUUAAAUAAACUGGAAGCAUUAGAGGAUGAAUUGAAUAAUACAAAGAAAGAGUCACAAGGAAUUGCUAAACAAGAGAUUAUUGCUAGCCAUAUGAGAGACCAAAAUUCAAAGUUAACAAAAGAAGUGGAAGACCUCCAAGCUAAGCUUAAAUCAAAGACUGAAGACUAUGAAGAGGCAGAAUCAAAACACAAGAAAGAAAUUGAAGAUUUAAAGGCAAAAUUACAAUUAACAUUAAAUGAAUUAAGUAAAGCUAAAUCAGUCGUAGAUCAGGAACGUAGUGAAAACUCAGAACUUACUUCCCGCGUGUUAGAUUUAGAACAGCAACUUGACGAUGUGUCACGUGCAUCUGAUUCUAAAGCCAGUUCUAUAUCAGAGAUGGAAGUGAAAGUGAAAGAAUUAGAAACUCUUAUAAAGGAAAAGGAGAAUUUAGAGGAACAAUUAACAAUGCAGAAAAGGCAUACGGAAAAACUGCAAGAUGAAAUCGACGAGCUAGAGGCGGUAAAGAUUGAGCUAGAAGAUUCUCGAGACUUGUUCGAUCAGGAGAAACAGUCACGUACACAGCUAGAGAGGAGGUUUCGUGACCUUGAACAACAGUACGAGGAUCAGAGAUUAGAUCACGAAAAUAUACAACAAACUUUAACAUCAAAGGUAAAGACAUUAGAAAAUCGUGUUCAUGCACUCCAAGAUGACCUGUUUGCAGCUCAAGAUGAACUUCAGGCUGCCCAAGAAAGUUAUGAAAAGCAUAAUCAAAUUUACCACAAAGGAAGUGGUAAAUUUAUCUCUGGCAAGGUCAAGGAAGAAUCAAUGGCCGCUCAGAUAGAGCUCCAGGAAAGAUUGACACAGGAAGAGCAGAAGACGGUACAGGCUGUAGCAAAACUAGAGACUGACAAUGUAACCCAAAGAUUAGAAACUCAGAAAUCAGAGAAUCUUGAGAAACAAAUUGAGGCAAUGAAAGAUCGAGUAACUGAGGCACAGAAUCGCGCAGACACAAUUACUAAAGAACGCGACUCACUCAUGCGUGAAGUAAAACUUCUCCGAGAGACAACUAAACAAUUUGGAAACAAAUCUGAAGACAACGAAAGCAUGAAACAAGACCUUGACAGUGUACGUCGGGAACUUGAGCAUUUACGCACGUCAGCACAGUAUGACGGUGAAGAACGACAGCAGCAUUUAGAUAAAAUUAGAGCGCAAGAAGACCAAACUAGACAACUUGAGUUGGACAAUAGAGAACUCGCUAAUAAGCUUCAGGAAACCCUAGUCAAAUAUGAGCAAUCAGAAGAAUCGUUCAAGCGUGAAAAGAAGGACACGCUUGAUCGUCAAGAGCAAAAAAGCUGGCAAAUGACGCAAAUGGAGUCUGACCUGCAGACGGCAAACAAUAGAAUCAAAGAGCUCAGGGAAGAAUUGUCCAAGAAACAAAAUAAUUUAUUGAAAUUGGAGUCAGAUAAAGUGGGACAGUCUGCCAAGUCAGAAAGUAACAUUGCCAGAUUGGAGGCGGAGCUAAAUGAACUUAAGAUGUAUCAUCGUAAAGAGGUCGACAGGCUGAAUGGCAAGGCAGAAUCAGCCUCUAAAGAAAAUAAAGACCUAAAGAAUACAAUUAGAGAAAAAGACCAGGAGAUAUUAAGCAAACAGCAUGAGUUAAAGAGAGUUAAAGCACAGGUAGAGAGACUGGAAGCCCAGCUACAAACAGAAAUGAAAAUACGCACAGAUCUUGAGAAUCGUAACACAUCCCUUGAUCAAGAAAUAUCCAAGGUAUGGAAUCAGGUUCGAACAUUAAUGGAGAAGAAUGCUAGUCUAGAAUCCACCAAGAGAAACUUGGAGGAGGACAUUGAAAGGAAAUCCAGUACCGCGCGUCAAGCAGAAACCACGUAUGUUCAGUCAAAGGCUAGUCACGAUACCACGAUGAAGGCGUUACAGAGUCGAGCAGACGCAGCAGAAAGACGGAUAUUCCGAACACAGUCUUUCCAAUAUAAGAAAAAUUUUAGUUUUGACCUUGAUUGUCCAUGGAUGCGAAAGGCUGACACUUUACAGAGGGAACUUCAGGAGACUUCAAUGAAACUUCAAAACCUACAGUCACAAGUUUACGAGGCUGAGAGUAGUAAAAUAGAUCUACAAGAUAAGAAAGACAAGAUGACACAACUGAAGAACCAGCUUGAUGGUGAAAAACUGCAGAGGAAUUUGUUAGAUCAGACGGUACAUGAGUUACAACAGCAGGUUUCUAUGAUGAGACAGAGAGAAAGUAAAGUCCUCGAACAAAAUCGCGAGCUUCAACACACGAUCCUUGACCUUGAAUCUAAACUGGAGGAAGUGCAGGACCGCAGUCAAACUGCAUUUGAAAUGAUAUUUAAUACGAAUAUGGAAAACGGUCACAGUUGGCCAAAUAAGAUGACCAAUAGUAUAAGUGAGCAACAACAUAUGACAGAGGUCGGUAAAAGGUCAAUGAUGGAGCAGAUAUUGAAGCUACAAAAGGACAUAAAAGAUUUGCAGUACGAGUUACUCACAGUGAACGAGAGGCGAGAAAUUAUUGACCGAAAGUAUGAGGAGAGGAAAGUUCGGACAAAAUCAAAACUUCUCAAAGCAAGCGGCGAUGACAUGUACAAUUACUACGCCAUUGAACAAGAAUAUCAUGAGCUCCCCGGAGAAUUUUAUACAAAAGAAAAACAUCGAGUUCAAGAUCAGUUGAACCGGAUGGAUGAAGAUUUACGGUUAACGAGGGCAACUCUACGUAAAGAACUAGACUGGAAGGAUAAAAUGGAUGGAAAUUAUAAGCAGCUUUUGUCCGAAAAAAGGGAGUUACUGUCACAGUUGAACGAGUUGGAGGAAGAAGUACGGGAAAAGUCACGUAUGGUCUCGAUUCUUCAAGUACGGACGAAAUAUUUGGAGGAAGAGAAUACGCGACUACAGGAUCGCAUAGAUUCUAUAACACAACAGAAACAUGGCCUAGAUAAAUUAUUAAAAGAGCAUAAAAUUGGCAAAGAUCGAGAGAGCAAUUUGUUGCGACCAGUCUCACCUAGUGAUAACCCACAUAGCAUCACCAUAGCAACCAGUAGUGGCCUUGGCAACAGUAUCACUUCAAGCUGGGAGCCAGACAAUUUAGUAGACUCUAUAUUAAACUAUCGUAGCCCACCGGAGGAACCGGAAAUUGACACGCAUUUUACUAGCUUUCUCUCUAAUUCAUACACACGAGGUUCAGGAAUUGGGUCGGGAAUCGGGUCAAUGGGUCAGUCGAUUGAUCUGUUUCGUGAGAAGGAUGAAACUGACAGUGACUCAGAUUUUGAUCCAGACGACUUUGAUUCUUGACUCGGGACGUAGUGUUUGAUUUUAUUUAUACAUUUAUCAUUUAUUUAUUUUUUUAACCAUUAUGUGAACAAUAGAGAAAAUGGAGACAUUAUAUGUUUUCAUAAAAAAAUAUUUGAAUGAGCAAAGUUCAGCAUGACACUGCAAUGUCUUGAUCAUUUAACAACUUACUGGUUUGAGGCAGUGUUGCGUUGAACUUAGAUAUGAUUUGUUUGUAUAUUCUUAGAUAAAAGGUAGUGCAUUUAUUUACCAUUUUUAUUUUUUACAUUUUAUUGUGAUAUAAACAUGACCGUCCAUCGUUCAUAAAUAGUAUUAAAAUUUAGAUAUACAUACAUACAUAUAUACUUACAUACUUAUUGUUACUAAGGCCAUUUUUGCCACGUUUAUUUAUUUCAUUCUAUUCACAUAUAUAUAUAACAAUAUAAUGUUCAUUUAAGCAUUCGGUUAAAAUUAUCGAUAAAAAUUAAUUUUGCACCAUGUCACUUAUCAUAUAUUGAGUAAACAAUAUAGAAAAGUUGCCAUGGUAAACUUAAUUUUGAAAAACCAGAAUGUUAAGCGGACAAAAAUGUUUUACAUUUUACACUGUGAUAAAUUUUGAUCAUAAUAUUUGAAGUUCUUGCUGAAUAUGAUUCAGUUAUGACCAUAAGAAAUUAUGCCAUUUUAAUACACUUAUAUGUGUGACAAUUAAAUGUGUAAAUUUUCACUUUUCACACCAAAACAGCAAAAACAGGGCUGUAAAACACUUCAUCAAAUUGUAUUCAUCAUGUGUAGAAAAAAGUGUUAAAAUUUGAUAAUGAAAAAUACCUGGACAAUAAAAGGAAUUUUCGUGGUAUAAUUUAUUUUCUAUUUUGGUAUGAAUAAAUAUUGGCCCAGAAUAUGCAGCCUGGAUUAUGCAGACGGGUUUUGCUCUUUUGUGUUUAUUUUUGUUCACUUUCUAUUUUUAAGUAACAAAAUCAUGCUGAGUAGAGUCAU